GGCUGAAACUCUGAUAGACUUCGAGCACGAGGUGGCUGUUCCUCGACUGUGCGCGUAGGUCCCGCUGGGGUUCUGGCUUGAAGCAUGGUUUGGCGCGGGACCACAAGCGCACUGUUUGUUUUGCUUGUAGGCUUGACAUAUGUCGAGAAGUCUCAUGGGUUCUGCUACGGCAUCAGCUCUGCAACUCCAAUUGACUCCUUUCACUAUAGAGCAGUCAUUAACGCUCUUGGAAGAUGCGCUCCAAACACCGUAAACAUAACACGUUUCUACAUGGUUGGGGCUUGCGCAAACACGAGGAGAAACGACUUCUCCUAUCGACCAGACUGCAGAAAUGACGGUGGAAGCGUACUGGAUGGGAGUACAGCGACGUGUAACUCAGUCUUCAAUUCGAAGGCACCAAAGGAUACUUUCAGGUCAUUCGCUGAUAUUGGCCUCGGGAAAGUGUUUGAUGAGGGUGACAUAUGCAACAAGGGCGUUCAGGGCUACUUCUUUGUGAACACAACCUGCUCCACUUUCAGAGAUGAUACAAGGCUGCAAGUCAGCCAGGAGCGAAACAAUUACUGCAGUGGCUCUUCCAGCUGGCGUGGGCUGAAUUAUGGUUCCAGGAUAGCUGUUGCAGUGGUGCUCGUGUUCUUAGCAGUGUUUGUCUUCUUCCUUGUGUUCUGGCUUGUGCGGCGCCGUCGCCGCAACGCCUUCCAGGGGCCUGCAACUGUGGGCAUGCAGCCAUAUCCGCCCCAGCAGGGCUACGGCCAGCAAGGAUACGGGCAGCAGCCUUACGGACAGCAACCGUAUGGUCAGCACACUUACGGUCAGCAGCCAUAUGGGCAACAGGCUUAUGGGCAGCCAUACCCCAAUCAGUAUGGCGUGCCUGCCUCGCAAGGGUACCAGCCCUCACAGGGCUAUCCUGUGACCGGGCAACCAGUGCCAAAUUCCAAUGGUGCAGCCAGGCCCACUGUCUAGGAUGAGCAGACUUCACAAGAGGAGGCUGUGAUGGCUGCGUACAGCGGCAGCAGAUUUGCAGAUGAAGUACACGUCCAAGUAUUGAUAGUGAUUUUGAUUUUGUCCGGAACGAAACAAGUCCUGCUCGUACCAGCUUGCCAUGAUCAUUUUUUUGUCACUGAGGAGUCCACAGCAUCUGCUGUACAUACCUGGUUAUAGUAGCCAUGUUGAUUACGUCAUGAAGAUUAAGAGUACGGAUGCAACAUCAUGAUGCAGAAUGCAAUAGGUUCAGUUGAAUUUAAAUUGAACGGAUUGUCU